AUGGCGGCUCAAAUCUCAGAACUCACAGACCAAGCACUCGAGUACAACAGAAUGCAAGGCAAACAACAAACCACCAAACAAAUCAGCACCACGACUGCGAGUGCACGUCUAGCAGCAGCAGCAGCAACAGCAGCCAGCACCAAGAAGCUGCCAACUCCGUCCCCUUCAUCCUACACCUUUGCUCCACGCUGGAUGGCAAAAGCCAGCCCCGAAUCCCGCCCGAGCAGCCCGACCUCCACAAUGACCGACGAAAAUUUCCCGAGCCUGUCUGCGCUUGGCGACGACGACGACGCUAAGAAGAAGCGGUCGGUGUGGAACGAUCCUACGACGGUGAAGCAAAAGGUGAUCUCGCCAGGCAGUGGUGGUGUCCCAUCCUCCGAUGGGACGGAUGAUCCCUUUGCCGGUAUGAAUACGCUGGUGGAUUACCAGCAAGAGAUCGAGCGACUCAAGGCACUGGUGCCCAAGGUGGAGAACAAGAAGCGCGCAUCUACUGGAUCCACACCAAGGCCAAAGUCAACUGGCUCAGACCUGAAGCAACGUCUUUUGUGGAACGAUCUCCGUUCUGCUGCUGCUGCCGCCGCCGCUGCUGCUGCAGGUCGAUCCGGUUCUUCUGUUAAAAGUCAUGUGUCACCGACGACUCGGCCAAUGGUAGCGGACAUGUUAUUGUCGUCCAUGUCUUCAUCAAACUCGUCCAGCGUUGCUUCGGAUGACGACACAAAGUCUGAUCACAGUUCCCAAUUUGUUACGGACGAAUCCCAACCGUCUGAUGACAAGGUUGACGACGACGACGACGACGACGACGAACCUAUGGAGUCGGUUUCGACGAGUAGUAGUAGUAGUAGUACUUCGAGUGCCAAGUCUGUCAUCACGGAGGAGGAAAAGGCCCGAUUCCUCGAAUUCAUGCGCAGCUGGACUGGCGGCUGGCAAGGCUGGGACAAGAACAGCAUCAACAACGCAGCAGGGAUCAUUCGCAGAGACGGAUCGCUCUGGACAGGGGAGACAAGACGACGGUCUUGGAACGAGGCCAUCGACAAUCGCCGUGCAGACGCACUGAACAUCAUUGUGCCCUCAGCUACAACUCCCAAGUCGGCACGCUACAUGAACGAAUCAUUCAUCCAAUCCGAGCCAUCAACUCCACUUGGCAAUAGCAUGUACGAACCUUUCUGGUCUGAACAUGCCGUUGUUACUGCAACCACCCCCUCCAAACAACACGAACAAGUGUUUCAACGUCAUCGACAUCAUCAUCCUCAUCAACAUCAGCAUCCUCAUCAACAACAACAACAACAUCCAUCCUCGUAUCAUCAUUCCCAACAACCACAGCCACAACCACAGCACAAUCUACGCUACGGACAACAGCCUCCAAACAAUCACUACGACUCUCUCCAGAUUGGUGCCAUCGGCGACAGGAACAGUGUUCGUGGCCUGCCGCGCAUGGGCGGAGGAGGAGCGCCAUUUGGUGUGUUUGUCAUGUAG